AUGAAAAUCCUAAGCUGGAAUGUCCAGGGAAUCGGGAACCCCUGGACAUUCAACGCUCUCAGGUCCCUUCUUCAGGUCCAUAAACCUGAUAUUAUUUUUAUUAUUGAAUCAAAGCUUUCUCGUUCGCAAGCAAAGCAAUUGGUGGAAAGGCUGAACUUUGAAAAUUGGUGGGCGGUUGAUCGUAUUGGGAUGAGUGGUGGGCUAUUGUUAUUUUGGAAUUCUGAUAUCAAUUUAAAGGUGCUGUCUUGGUCAUGUGGCCAUAUUGCUGGUUUGGUUUCUGGUAGGGGAAUGCUUCUGUGGCUUUUUUCUGGGUUCUAUGGGAACCCUGAGCAUUCUAAGAGGCAUCUGUCUUGGGAUCUCCUUGGGCGUAUUAGGAACAUUAUGGUGGGGCCGUGGUUAUGUGCGGGUGACUUUAAUGAGAUAUGCUUCAAUUCGGAAAAAAGUGGGGGGAAUCGUAGAAGCAUGGCGGCUAUGGACAGGUUCAGGUGUGCUAUUGAUGAAAAUUCCCUUUUGGAUUUAGGAAAGGGAAACAAAGAGAUGACGUGGCAUGGUAGAGGGAUUAUGGAAAGAUUGGAUCGAGUUUUAUGCAAUUCGGAGUGGCUUGGGCUGUUCUCAGGGGCAAAGGUGGAUGUUCUGGAUUGGUUGUGUUCUGAUCAUCAUCCUUUGCUGGUCUCUUUCAAGGUGCUUGAGUCGGACGAUAAGUGUGGAUUGGUCAAGAGGAAUACGCGUUUUCAUUUUGAGGAGGCGUGGUGUGAGAAAGAGAAAUGCUUGGAUAUUGUGACUACGAGCUGGGCCAGAGGCGGUAUCUCUAAUAGCUCUCAAAAAAUCAAGGAAAAGAUUAGUAAUUGUGGCAAGGCUUUAAGUAAGUGGAAUAAGGAGGAAAAGCAAAAGUGGAACAAGGAAAUGAGGGUAGCUAAGCGUGAGCUUUCUGCUCUUUCUAGUGCUAAUGAUCCCUCUAGGUGGAAGGAGAAUGAGGACGCUUUAGUUGAAAAGAUCAUUUGCAACUACUUUCAGAACUUGUUCUCUUCGUCUAAGAUUUCGGUUGAUGAUAUGAACAAGGUGUUGGUCGGAAUUGAGGCUAAAGUUUCGAGUUCUAUUAACAUGAUGCUGGAGGAAGACUUUACUGAGGAGGAGGUUGUCAAUGUUAUUAAAAAUUUGAACCCAACAAAGGCGUCUGGAGUGGAUGGGUUACCAGCUCUUUUCUUCCAAAAAUAUUGGAACAAUGUGAAUAAAGAUGUGGUUAGUGUCUGCCUGAAAUGUCUGAAUGGUGAUGGAUUUGUUGCUUGUUUGAAUGAGACUCUGAUAGCUUUGAUUCCUAAGGAUACUAUUUUUGAAGCUCAGAGUGCUUUUGUCCCUGGAAGAGCAAUUCAAGAUAAUGCUAUUAUUGGGUUCGAAGGGAUUCAUUGUCUGAAGAAAAAUUUCUAUGGAAAUGGUACAAAAUUGGCGUUGAAGUUGGAUAUGGCAAAGGCCUACGAUAGAGUUGAAUGGGGCUUUAUUGAAGCAGUAAUGAUCAAAAUGGGAUAUAGUCAGAAGUGGGUGGAAAAAGUGAUGAGAUGUGUUAGAUCUGUGAAGUUUUCAAUUCUUCUAAAUGGGAACAUCAAGGGAGACAUUAGACCCUCGAGGGGCUUAAGACAAGGGGACCCCCUCUCGUCUUUCCUUUUUCUUUUCUGUGCGGAAGCCUUUUCGUCUUUGAUUAGGAGAGCCGAGCAGGAGGGCACCAUUGAGGGUCUAAAAUUUGUGAAGGACAAGAUCUCGGUUUCGCACCUCUUUUUUGCGGAUGACAGUAUGAUAUUUAUGGAGGCAACCCAAAGAGAUGUUGUGGCUUUCAACAACAUUCUUAAUGUGUAUUCUAGGGCGUCGGGGCAACUUAUAAAUUUGGAGAAAUCUGAUGUAAGCUUUGGAAAAUGUGUAAGUUUGGAGGAUCAAAAAAAGCUGGCUGAGUUGUUGCGGGUUAAUCUUGCUACGGUGCAUGGGAAGUAUCUGGGGCUUCCAUCUUUUGUGGGAAGGAACAAAAGAGAAGUGUUUGAGUGUGUUAAAGAUAGAGUUUGGAAGCGGCUAAAGGGGUGGAAACGAUCUUUAUUCUCUGCUGCAGGGAAAGAAAUUCUUAUUAAAGCAGUCAUUCAGGCUAUUCCCACUUAUGCGAUGAGCUGUUUUAGAAUCCCAAAGAAAAUAAUUGAUAGUCUUCAUGGCAUGGCAGCUAGAUUCUGGUGGGGUUCUACGGAGAAAAAAAAGAAGAUUCAUUGGUGCAAAUGGGAUACCUUAUGCAAGAGCAAGGACAAUGGGGGUCUGGGUUUCAGAAAUCUCCAAGUUUUCAAUCAGGCAAUGUUGGCUAAGCAGUGUUGGAGGUUUUUGAGGAAUCCAAUGUCCCUAUGUGCUAGAAUUCUGAAAUCGUGUUAUUUCCCAAAUUCUUCAAUUUUGGAGGCUAAGGGUGGUUCGAAAGGCUCGUGUGUGUGGAGGAGCCUUGUUUGGGGGAAUUCCAUUUUAAAGUUGGGUGCUAGAUGGAGGAUUGGCGAUGGCAACGAUGUGAGUAUUUUGAAAGAUCCGUGGAUUCCGAGGCCUAACACUUUCAAGAUCUAUGAUGUUCCCUUUAUUCCGCCUGAUCUCAAAGUCAUUGAUCUCAAGCGUAGUGAUGGGAGUUGGGAUGAGGUAAUGAUAAAGUGUAUUUUUAAUGAAGACGAUGCGAAGUUGAUGUUGAGUCUUCCGUGCUCUAGUGUUCAGUUGAGGGAUAAGUUGCUAUGGCAUUUUUCAAAGAAUGGGGAGUACAGUGUUAGAAGCGGGUACUAUGUUGCUAUGAACCAAAUUGAGAUGCCUGAGAACUCUGAUGCUAUGAAUUCAAAAUCACUGUGGAAAAAGAUUUGGGAGUUGAGAGUGGCUAACAAAAUUAAAAUUUUCCUACGGCGGUUAUGUCAUGCAUGGCUGCCCACUAAUGUGUCUCUGUUUUGCAGGAAGGUGUGCUUAUCCAGGGAGUGCUCUAGAUGUACGAUUAAGGGAGGGGAGGAUGUGUUCCACGCAAUUUGGUGGUGCACUGCUAGUUCAAAAUUCUGGAAGCAAACAAAAUUUUGGAAGUUAAUUAAGAGCUGCCCUGAAAAAGAUCCUCUUAUCUUCCUCAAUGUUUUACGGUCAAAUUGCACCCAGGAAGACUUUGAAUUUUUCUGUGUUCUUUCUUGGCAAUUAUGGAAUAUCAGAAAUAAAAUGAUUAGAGAUUAUAUUGAGACGCACGGCCAUUCUUCUGGGUCCUCGGCGAGGCGUGCUGUGCAAAGAUGGAAUCCUCCUUCUCCUGGCUCUGUUAAAAUAAAUGUGGAUGCUGGCUUUUCGGCAGAGAAGGGGGCGUGGAGUGCUGCGACUGUGGCCAGGGACCACCUGGGUUCUUGUGUUGGUGUCCGUUCCUGUGUGUGGGAGAGGAGUUUCUCUCCUCUUGUGGCAGAGCUGACAGCUAUUAAUGAGGGGCUUCGUCUGGGUUUGGAGAUGGGUUUCAGGGAUUUCUUUGUUGAAUCUGAUUGUCUUCAGGCAGUCAAUCUGGUGAAUCGGGCUGAGGUUGAUUGCAAUGAUAUGGAGGGGCUGAUUAGGAGUUGUAAAUUGGGGAUUUCUGCUAUUGAGUGUAAAGGGGAUGGUUUUGCUUGUAGAAGUGCAAAUAGGCUGGCUCAUUUUUUAGCAAAGUUCACCUUGUUGAAUGGUGAUAGUGCGGGUUGGAACGGGGGUUUACCCUCUGCUGCUUGUUCUGCUCUAAUGGCAGACUUGCCUGUUCUGUUGUAA